GCACGGAGAAGUCAGAACUCUGUUAGACAUGGCCAGAACAAGUCUCUGCAUCGUACCAGUGUGUUUAGUGUUGUUGGUCGUGUGGGCAGAUGAUCGCACAUUUCUUACGGGGGAGGACGAACGACGAUGGAACACGCCACCGGAGCUCAUACCGGAGCAAGUGAACGAAAAAUCCGACGUGAAGAACGAACGAUCUUUAACUAUUCCGAUCACGACAAAUAUAAACUUGAACACAGGAAACAAUGCACACUCUUUGGGCUUCCAAGUAGGUCCCGAAGGCUUUGGAUACUCCGAGAGCAACAGCUUCAACCAUCCUACCGUUUCGCAGAGUCAAUCGUUGUCAUUUGCUGCGGGACCGUCAGGAAUUGCUGGCUCUAUAAGUCAGGCAGCUGCCAACCAAUAUUAUCCUGUUCAUGGUAAUCAAGGAAUCGUUAAUAAUCAAGCGCCUGGUUUUGUUAACGGGGCUGCUGCUUCUUCGUCCGGGACUGUCCAAAAUGGCCACGCAACGUCUUCCGCCUCGUCGAGCGCAGGAACCAUUGUGCUCUCGGAAGGCAUGCAUAUCCGGUUCCCGGAACAAGGCCACAGACAACCGAUCUGGACCAACAUUCAUCCGAAUCAUAAUAAUAACGGUCCUCAAGCUUCGCGUGUGCCGAAGUUGGAUAUUACCAUUGAACCGCAACAACAUCAACGCCGUGAACCAAUCAUGUUACAUAUUUCGACGCAACAGACGCAAUGGGAAAAUAGAAAGCCAACUGUCCAUAUACGCAAAUGGCAUCCUACUUACAGAUCAUACUACGAUGGUAUAUAAUUGUGAAGAAACAUUGAAGAUUCGUUUGUUAGAUAAAUUUUUAAUUGACUCGACGGUAUCGAAUUUCAAGUAUUUAUCCCGUUGUUGAUAGAAUUUCAAACAGCCCUUCAUCUAACCUUACUGUAUGACAACCCAAAACUUUGCGGAAACUUAAUAUUUUUUAACUAUAGCACAAUUCAUGUAUAUCGCAACUGAAAGUUAAUAUAUUUAUUGUACAAAAAUAUUCCCUCCUU